AUGAUCGAUCUCUCUGCUCCCGUCGAUAGCGAUUUCACCAAGGCACUGCCAAAGAUCGAGCAAUCUGAAGCUCACCACCCGCCGCCCAUCCAGGUACACGCCCAUCUCAGCGGCAGCAUCAGUCGCCAAUGCCUUCACGAAAUCUGGAAGCGCAAGAAGGAGAAGGAUCCCAACUUGUCCAUUGAAGAUCCCCUGGUACUCAUGCCCCCAGGCAAAGUCGACUACACUCUCCAAACGUAG